GUGCGUGCUUGUCUAACCUAAGAAAUUUAAAUGUUAUGUUUUUAAAUAUAAAAUGAAACAAAUCACUUAGUGUUUUAUCUGUAUUACUAAUAUUACUAUAUUAAGCAGCAAAAAGUGUAUUGUAAGAAUCUGUUGUGAUACCUGUGUCAAUAUCUGCAUACAGAAAUAUAUUAAAACGCCCCCCAAUAAAACCAUGUCUACAUUCAAUUUCACGUGGAAUAGUGACAAUAAAACACCCAAAGGAAAAGUGUUUGCCAGAAAACGCAAGCCAACAGAUGAAGCAACUAAAACUACAAGUAAACCCUCACUCCUAACGGGUAUUAAAAAUAAUAACCCUAAUAAAAAUGAUUCUACACCGUUCCGAAUUACGAAAACUUCUGCUAAUACAAAUGCAAAUUUAAAAUCUAAAGACAUUUUGUCAAUAGAUGCAACGGCACAUCAGAAAAUUAAAUCCUCAAAAAAUUUAAUAAACACUAAGAAGACUUCACCUUUUACCCCAAGAUUUCAAGAAAAAACCUUUGAGGGUUCUGCAAAAUUAGUAAAAAGGAAACGAAAGAAAGAUAAAACUGCAGCAAAAACAGAUGCUGAAGAAGGCACCAUCAACAACCCGAAGCAAAACCAAACCGUUCAAACUACACAACGCAGUCAAACGCAUUCCUUAUUUGCUGUUGGACACAAAGACGUUUAUAUAAACACUAAUAUAAAAGGAAAGUCUAUUGUUGAGAAAGUAUUUAGCACUGGGAAAAAAUUUGGUGACCUAGAGAUUCACAAGUAUUUAGUGUCAAAUCUCGAAAAAAUUCAUUAUACUAGUCUGACGAAUGUACAGGAAAAGUCUAUACCUGAAAUUAUGUCAGGUAAAAAUGUACUGAUUCGUUCCCAGACUGGUUCGGGAAAAACUUUAGCCUACGCUGUACCCAUAAUAGAUGCCCUACAAAGUAUAAAUCCACGAAUUCAGAGAAAUAACGGUGUACAAGCCAUUGUAGUGGUGCCCACUAGGGAACUAGCUUUACAAACUCAUGAACUAUUUGGGAAAAUAAAUACGUUUCAAUGGAUUGUUGUGGGACAUUUGUGUGGUGGCGAGAAUCGAAACACGGAAAAAACAAGACUUAGGAAAGGUAUACAUGUUUUAAUAGCAACGCCAGGAAGAUUGUUGGAUCAUAUACUACAUACAGCAGCUUUUAAGACAAAUAAUAUUAGGUGCUUAGUUCUCGAUGAAGCAGAUCGACUUUUGGAUAUGGGUUUUAAGCGAGACAUUAUUAGAAUUGUAGAAGAACUGGAUAAAGCAAAGACUAAUUCUGAAUAUGACCCAAUAUCUUUAUUGAAAGGUAAAACGGGCGGUGCCAAAUCAGAAGUUACAAUAAGAUCUGAAGAAACUUUUCCCCUUCGAGACCCGUCAAGCAAUUCCCGCCAGACAGUUUUGCUCUCGGCAACGUUAACCAAAGGCAUUGCUGAAUUAGCAGAUUUUGCGAUGAAGGAUCACAUUUAUGUCGACGCACUAGAUGAAUCCGCUACGGUAAAUCCAGAACAUAUGGUGAUACCAAACACAGUAAAACAAAAGUUCAUUGUAACGCACGUUAAACAUAGGCUUUUUACACUUUCAGCUUUACUGAUCAGUAAGGCUCAGCAAUCGUCAAAGGUGUUCGUUUUCAUGGCUACUAGUCAAAUGGUGGACUACCAUUAUGAGUUGUUUACGAGAUGCUUGGUGAAAAUGCCAAAAAAUAGAGGGAAGUUAAAAAGCGGGGACAUAGUUUUGUUAGACGAUGUCGUGCAAGAAAGUGACGAUGAUGACGAAGUGGUAUUGGAUAUUGAAUUUUUCAAAUUACACGGCUCGAUGGACCAAGCAUCCAGGAAAGAUGUUUUUACGAGAUUUAGAAGUGCCAAGAAAGGAGUUUUGCUGUGUACGGACGUCGCUGCUAGAGGCAUUGACGUCCCAACAGCAGACUGCAUCGUCCAGUACACAGGACCUCAGAGCGACGAGGAUUAUAUCCACAGGGUCGGCAGGACGGGACGAGCAGGAAAAUCGGGGUUCUCCUUCAUAUUCCUCACUCACGAAGAGCAAGACUUUGUUACCAGGCUGCAAGAGCACAAAGUAUUUUUGCAGCAACAUGAUCCGGAUGACUUCUUGAACCACCUCAGCGUUUUAAUGGAAGAACCUGAUCACCAGAACGCUGCCACUGCUCUCCAAAGACGUUACGAGAACGCUUUAUCGAAUGAUAAGGACCUUCACAAGUUGGCAUGUCUUGCUUAUACUUCUUGGUCUCGUUUCUACAACACCUACUCGUCCAAGAUGCGUUCCAUUUUCGACUUCAAGAACGUCAAUUUGGGACACUACGUCGCCAGUUUUGGAUUGAAAGAGACUCCCACUGAAGUCGCGGGGAUAAUAAGGGGACAAAUGGCCAAGGUGGAACGGCCUAGAUUGAACAGGAAACUGGCAAUACAUGAGGACGACCAACCCAAGAGGCCGGCGCAGAAGAGGAAAAUCAAGUCCGUCAGUCUGACCACGUCGGAGUACGCCAGCGGGUUGGCGCCUAACAAGAAGAGGAAGAAGAAGAAAGACGUGAAUUGAGAUUGGUUAUGUUGAUAUUAAUAUUUUCUUA